AUGGCGUACCGGGAGCUGGUGCGGCGCUGGCACGAGGCCGUGCGGGCGGCGGACCGCGGGCACUGGGACGCUGCCCUGGACGCGUUCGGCGGCAUCGCGGAGCCCCCGGCCAGGAUCUGCUUCAACGUGGGCUGCGUGCAGCUGCUGGCCGGGCGGCCCGAGGCGGCCCUGCGGGCAUUCAAUAAAACCAUUGAGAAGGACAAUUCCCUGGCUGUGGGCUACUUCCAGAGAGGAUUUGUCCACCUGCAGCUGGAAAUGUAUGAAGAAGCUCUCUCUGACUAUCACCUGGCCUUCAGUCACCUAAGAGAAAAUCCCUUCAUUGAUUACAAACAGCUGGGGCUGAGGCACAUCCUCUAUGCCUGGGAGGUGCUGUACAGCACUGCAGCAGUGCAGUGCCACCUGCAGCAGUGGCAGGAGGCCAGGGUCACUCUGGAGAAGGCUGUUGUGUGGAGACCUGAAAGAAGAACAGCAAUCCUGGAGCUGGCCCUUGAGCGGGUGCAGGAUCACCUGUUUUUAGAGCCCAUGUUGGUUCCUCUUGGGGAACUUUUCAGACCACGAAAGAAGGAAGUUGAGCAGCUGGAUUCAAAAGAUUUCCUGGGUAAACCCAAGGUCAUCUCAUCCAUCAUUCCCAACGAUGAGUACAUUGGCUUUGAGCCUCUCAGGCCUCAGAAACAGGGCUUUUAUGAACCCAGUGCCAAUGCUCUGCGGGAGGCCGAGUCCGGCUACCACCGAGUGCUGGCCCGGUACCGCCCCGAGGAGCCGCCGGGGCAGGAGGUGGCGGCCGGGAGCCUGGUGUUCGUGCUGGGCAGAGCGGCAGACGGCUGGGCCACGGCCAUCCACGACGGGCAGAGGCUGCACAUCCCGAGCUCUCUCCUGGAGCCUGCCUCAAGGAUGGAUAAAUGGAAGAUCAGCACUGGGAUUCCCCUUCCUCCUGCCCAGGUGCCUCCCAGCCGCCUCCCCAUGAAGCAGAAGCCAGAUCCUCCUGGGGAAGAAAAUGCCUCUGUCAAUGAUGCCAGUGCCCACAUGGACUCUAAGGUCCCGCCGAGGCGCGGGGAGGCCCCCGCGGGCGCGGACAGGCCGGCGGUGCUGCGGCUGCGCUGCGAGUGCUCGCUGGUGCUGCGGGCGGGCGAGGCCCCGGCCCUGCCGGCCCUGCGGGCCCUGCUGCGGGACAGGCUGGCCCAGCAGGCACAGCGGGGCGCGCUCAGCUACAGGCUCCUGGAUGGCACAGAGCUGGGGACAGUGUUGGGACAGGAAGACCUGGGGAAGGUGUGGCAGCAGCUGAUGGAGGGCAAGCUGAUACUCUGUUGCCAGGACUCAGACUCCCAGUCAGGCAGACCUGUUCUCUACCAGAUGCUGGCUGAGCACUCUUACCUGCCACAGGGACCAGGGGACCUGGAGUUCAGCAAGGGAGAUGUGCUGGAUAUCCUCUCUGAAGUGAAUGAAGACUGGCUGGAAGGACGAUGCAAUGGCAAGACUGGCAUCUUCCCCAAAUGCUUUGCCACCCAGACCAGCUGUGAUGUUGCCUUCCUAUAGCAAACAGGAGCCUUUUCCUGCCUGGCUGCACCCCCAGGGGUGGGAGACACUCGUCCCAGCUCAUUUGGGCCCCAGCCAGCACAGCCAGGAGCUCUCCUGUACCUGGACAGGGGAUAUCUCCCACUCAGAUCCAUGGGGUCACUUCCAGCAGUGAUGGCAUUUCCCACAGCCUGUUCCCUGACCUGGCAUUUCUUACCUUGUGCUUACACUGCCAAAGAUGUACCUGUGAAGAGCAGAGAGCAGGGAGAGGGCUCUGGGGUUUGGCUGUGGGAAUUCUCCAUGUGGAAGCUCAGGCUGCUAUGUGGGAAGAGGUUCCCCUGAGUGGGAAGAGGUUCCUCUGGGUGGGAGGAGGCUCCCCUGAGUGGGAAGAGGUUCCCCUGAGUGGGAGGAGGUUCCUCUGGGUGGGAGGAGGUUCCCCUGGGUGGGAGGAGGUUCCUCUGGGUGAGAAUCUUCAUCCCUCUCCCUAUUGCUCGUGUUGAGGCUGGGAAGCUGAUCCUCACUCCCCAAGCCAAGGGUGGCUGGCUGGGAGCAGGGGGCAGAGCCCUGUUCCCCAGGCUCUCAGGUCACAUAACCCUAUCUCCACCAGCCAGAGAUGCUGCUCUUUCAAAAGGCUUUUGGAACUAGUUUGCAGUGGGAUUCAAGUGAUAACACCAUGAGUUAGGACCCUGUCUUCCAUAGCACACAGCUAUGGACCUGACCAUUCCUUCACCAGGUGCCUCAGGCACUUUUCUUAAGCCCUAAAGCCUAGGUGAGAUCUUGGAGCACAGAGGAAAUAGGCACUUGUGGAAAUCUCCACUGCUCAGAGCAGCUCUGGGUUGUGGGAGAGCCCUGGAGAAAGGGCUGGCUGGGAAGUGCAGUGCUGGGCUGGUGCUGCAAAGGUGAAAGCCCUGUCCAACUCCUGCAGGUGGGCUGGGCUGAUCUAAAUAAAACACUCAAGUGCCUGGAGCUGGAACCUGUUCUGGAUUUGGUGUCUUGACAAAACUUGGCUAUGUAACUUGAAUAUAAAAUAAACCCUGAGCCAGAGUUGGCAACUCUUAAA